UGUGAGUCUACGGGUGCGGUAGUGUGAGAAGGGACAAGCAGAGAGAUGAUAAGACAGUGAUUUCCAUGCGCACCGGGAUGAGAUGAGUUUACUGCACAUCAAACUGUGUGACAGCUGUCAUGAUCAGCCUAAGUGAAACGUACAAAGAGCUGCAGGCAUGAAUACCAUAGGAGUUUCAUUUUUGGAUCCCUUGGAUGAUUAUGAGAUUAUUCAAAGGGUCGGGAGCGGCACUUAUGGAGAUGUCUUUAAGGCUAGAAACAUUAGGAGCUCAGAAAUGGCUGCUAUCAAAAUUGUUAAACUGGAUCCAGGUGAUGACAUCACCUCUAUCCAGCAGGAGAUAACAAUGAUGAAGGAGUGUAAGCAUAAGAACAUUGUGGCCUAUUAUGGCACUUACCACAGGAAUACUAAAUUGUGGAUCUGCAUGGAAUACUGUGGGGGAGGAUCACUGCAGGAUAUCUACCAAGUAACUGGACCUUUAAAGGAAAAACAGAUUGCUUACAUCUGCAGGGAAACACUCCAGGGGUUGAAUCAUCUCCAUGAGACAGGCAAAAUACACAGAGACAUUAAGGGAGCUAAUAUUCUUCUUGCUGAUCAAGGAGAUGUUAAGCUGGCUGAUUUUGGGGUUGCGGCUGAGAUCAGUGCUUCUGUUGCCAAGAGGAAGUCCUUCAUAGGAACUCCCUACUGGAUGGCCCCUGAGGUGGCAGCAGUGGAAAAGAAGGGUGGAUAUAACCAUCUGUGUGAUAUCUGGGCAGUGGGCAUCACCGCCAUUGAAUUGGCAGAGCUACAGCCACCUAUGUUUGACCUUCAUCCCAUGCGAGCUCUGAUGUUGAUGUCUAAGAGCAGCUUCCAGCCUCCCAAACUAAAAGACAAGAGCAAAUGGUCUGCAGGGUUUCAUAGCUUUGUGAAGAUGUGUUUGAUCAAAAGUCCUCGCAAGAGGCCGACAGCAGAAACUCUUCUCCAGCACCCUUUCGUAACACAGUUACUCACCAGAAAAUUGAUGAUUGAGCUACUGGACAUGGCAAGUAAUCCAGACCUCCAUCAUCCACCCAGUCUUGAAGAGAAUGAAGAGGCAAACGAUACAGCCCCAGAUACAAUCCAGUCUAAAGGGAAACAUAUGCCAGUGGAGAGAAGUUUAUCAGAAGAACAAUUUGACCAGGUCAAGUUUACCCCUCCCAGGCGGAAAGAGACUGAACACUAUCCUGACCUGGGAUCUUGUGAUGAUUGGAGCUUAUCUGGAGAAGAACCAGAGUCACCGGGUCUUUUGGAAAGUGUGGAGGAGGAGUUACAGCAGAGGAGUUUGACAGUAAAAAGACUCUCACGUUUUGAGUGGAGUAAGAGGAAAAGUGGACUGUUUAGCCCACCACCCGUCUCUGCUACAACAUCACUUCCUCCCAUGAGCUCUUUAGACUCUGAUCUGGAGGACAAGAACCUUACGCUUCGACCUAGUGCUACUCUUUGCCCUGAAACUGUAUUAAGUCCAAAAUCAGUGUUGUUGAGGUGUUCAGGCAGUCAGGAUGUGCGGCACUGGUGCAGCGACCCUUGUGUUCCUGAUCAUAAUGACACACAGGACAAACAGAGGACUCUUACAAGGACUCUCAGCAGAGACACGGCUCUCUCUCCAGAGUGGAGCACCAUGAGGAAGAAAACAGAGGACUCUAGAGCCGAUUCUCAUGGACUUCCUCCCACUCCCCAAGUCUAUAUGGGAGCCUGUUUUACUAAAGUAUUUAAUGGAUGUCCACUGACAAUUCACUGCGCAGAAACAUGGGUUUUGCCCAAAACAAGAGAUCAGUAUUUAAUUCUGGGUGCGGAGGAGGGUGUUUAUAUCCUUAACUUAAAUGAACUGCAUGAAGACACCUUAGAAAAGUUGCUUCCACAGAGAUGCACUUGGCUUUACGUCAUGAACAAUGUCUUAAUGUCCAUCUCUGGUAAGUCGUCUCAUCUCUGGUCUCAUAGACUGACAGCUCUGUUUGAGCAGCGAGGGCACUUGCAGAGGAAACAGGGUCACUUGUCCCUCGGCACCAACCGCUUCACAGAACGGAUCAUCCACAGGAAGUUUGCUGUGUCAGUGAAGAUUGCAGACACCAAGGGAUGUCGGAAGUGCAGCGUGGCUCGUAACCCAUACACAGACAGCACGUUCUUAUGCGCUGCAGUUCCCUCUGGCCUUGUGCUACUAUUGUGGUAUGAACCGCUGCAGAAGUUCAUGCACCUCAAGCACAUUGCGGUGCCCCUGCCGGACCCAUUGCCCAUCUUUGAGCUGCUGGUGUUAAUGACAGAUGAGCUUCCUCAGCUCUGUGUGGGCGUCCAGGAAAGCCUCCAACAGCAAAACGAACGACAGCUAAAGUUUGACAUCAUCCAUCUGAACGGCACGCCAAACCCUCUGCAAGACAGUGAGACAGUAAGAGCUGUACAAGUGACACAGCUGGACAGAGACACGGUUUUAAUUGCACUGGAAAAAACGGUGAAGAUUGUCAAUAUGCAGGGUGUCCCCAGCAAGGAGUUAGCAUCCAAACUGGAGUUUGACUUCCCUAUCGAGACUUUAGUUUGUUUAGAAGAAAGUGUUUUAGCUUUCUGGAAACAUGGGCUUGAAGGACUUAGUCUGCACAGCUGUGAGGUAACACAGGAAAUCACAGACGAAAGCCGAGUGUUCAAAGUUUUAGGCACGCACAGAGACAUUGUUUUGCAAAGCACCCCAACUGAAAUCCCUUCAGCCACUAGCAAUUUAUACAUUUUAACGGGUCACGAGAGCAGCUACUGAGGAAAGCCAGAGGACAGAACCUGUAAAUAACAUGAAUGACAACAAGAUGCCAGAAUGCAUGAAAACUGGUAAUACAGAGAGUUUCAGAGCUGUGCAUCUGUCCUGUGUGUCUGUGUGAACACGGCCCUUCAGUCGAUCUCACUGGUACACAUUGUGAGGGGACAGAAAGGAAAGCCCAAAGCCUUGUUCUUUUUGUUUGGCCCUCUAAAGGUGUUUUUGUCUUUGUUGUCAAUAAACUCUCAUAUGAAAUAAUCUGGAUUAAACAAAUGUAUUUACAGUAUAUUAAAAAGAUCAUGUGAUCAUUUUGUGAUGGAAGGAUUGUGAUAACUACUAAUAAACUGAUACAGUAAAACCAAACUGUACCAGACGUCUUAAUCAUAUCCUGAUUUAUUUUUAGCAAAGAGAAGGCAAAUAACAGAUGAGUUUGUAUAGGUUUUCAGGACUGUGUGGAAAUAAGAUGAAUUUUAGUUAAUCUUUCUCAGUUAAGUGAUUUGUAUAGUUGGUUAAUUUUUAAUCACUAACCGUAUCAAUCCUCAAGAGGGAGCUAAAGCUUAAAAAAU